AUGGAGUCCGGAAGGAAAAGAUUGCUGUCGAAGAGAGCUCGAGGUGUAACAUCGUGUCUUCAAUCGAAACGAGUAACUUGCUACUGUGCCAUUUGCCGUGGCAAAAAAGUGGUAUCGAGAUCUACACGAUCAAGACAUGCAACUGAGUUCGGUGUAAUGGAACAUGUCGACGUAGAGCGACAGAGUCUAGAUCAGACGUCGCAAGCACAACCCGACACAGCAGCACAAGUACAUGAUAUGCUCCCAGAGCAUCUUGAAAAUCUUCAAUCUAAAGUGAAUAAAGAUUAUGAAGAUCACUCACAGCAUUCUUUGGUUGAUCAGAAUGCAUCUAGUGACGCUGAGUUUGAAAUGAACAGUCAAAGCAUGUCAAGACUUGAGACAUCAGAGACUUCAGAGACAUCAGAUGAUGAAACUUCAAGCAGAAGGGAUGACAGCUUCAUUAAUGAUCAAGGCAUAUUUAGUUAUGAUGAGGGAUCAUCUGACCAGACUGAGAAGUUAUCUGUUGAAGAUACGAUUGACUUAGCUGCAGCUCACGUGCACACUAAACCAUCAACAGCAAAAGUCAUACCUGAUGAGUUGGAUAUGGAAAAUGCAGUUCAUGAUGCUAUCGGUGGAGAAUUACAAGCAGUUUCUUCUUGUGAAUCUACCGAAGAUAGACAAAAGGACAGUGAUCUGCAGCAGUCUCCAAAGGCUUCUCAAACAUCAGAAGAUGGUGAUUGCUUGUCUCUGAGUCAGUGGUUUGCUGUGCUGCUGCUAAAGCUUCAAUUAAAGUACCAUGUUAGCAAUAUGGUGAUGAUUCUUUUUAUGAAAAUUAUUGCGGUCUUACUAGCAGUGGUAACUCAUCCUCUGCAACACCAUUUUCCUACAACAAUGCAGAAACUGCUUGCAUGUUCCCGGAUUAGCAAACAUCCUAAAUCGGCUGUCACUUAUGUUGUCUGUCCAGGGUGUUCACACGUGUAUAUCUUUGACGAUUGCAAAAUGGUAAAGCCACUAGAUUAUUGCGAGCAACACUGCCAGCAAAGAAUUCGUAGAAAAGUAUGCAAUGAGCCGCUUCUUUACAAAAAGAAUCUUAGCUUUGGCAAUUUCAAAUGGGUUCCUUUCAAGACAUUUUGCUAUUACCCUCCUUCGGAGCUACUGAAAACUUUCUUUAAGAGACAGCAGUUUGUGGAUUUGCUAGAUGCUCCACUGGAUGAUUCGGGCAAUGUGCCUCCUGCAUUGCGUAAAGGAAUAUGGGAUGUUUGGCAUGGAAACGUAUGGCGCCAGUUGAAGGACAAUAGAGGCUGUCAAUUUUUUAGUGACAAAUUCAGUAUUGGGUUGACUGUCAAUGUGGAUUGGUUUUGUCCUUUUUCUCGUUCACCGUAUAAAGUUGGUGUUAUGUUCAUGUCGGUUCUGAACCUACCACGUAAACAGCAGAUGAAACAGAGGUGGACUAUGCUUGUCGGCAUUAUACCAGGUCCAUCUGAACCAAAGCUACAUAUCAAUGACUUUCUAAGACCUUUAGUUGAUGACUUGGAGCUGUUGUGGAAUGGUAUAGAAGUUGUUCUAGCUGAUGGUUCUAUCAAAGCAGUGAAAGCAGCUCUUGUGUGUGUGUCUUGUGAUUUACCAGCAUCUCGAAAGGUUUUGCAGUUUUUGGGUCACAAAGCAGAUCUUGGUUGUAGCAAGUGCAAAUUUCAAGCUGAGAGAGAACCGGGAACACAUGGAGCAUCAUGCAAAAUGAGCUACUACACCAAUGGGGAGACUUCUUUGUCUAUACCUUUGAGAAGUGGAGCAGAGGUUUGA